AUGUCGUCCCUCUUCCUCCCCCUUCGCUUUCAACAACUCAGCUACCUUUCAGCUCUCCUCCUCGUCCCAGUACCCAUCAUAUUGGCCCAUAUAAUCGCUUAUCUCAGAGAUCCUUAUAACCAACGGAGCAUACCAGGUCCAUUCCUUGCUCGCUUUUCAGACACCUGGUUAGGUUGGGUAGCAAGUCAAGGUCAUCGCUCAGACGUUGUACACAACUUACACAAAAAACACGGUACCUUCCUGCGACUCGCACCAAAUCACGUCUCCAUUGCUGACCCCGACGCACUGCAAAUCGUAUAUGCUCACGGCAACGGCAGCCUCAAAUCAAACUUUUAUGACGCCUUCGUCUCCAUUCAUCGUGGUUUGUUCAACACUAGGGACCGCGCUGACCAUGCUCGUAAGCGUAAGAUCGUCUCCCACGUCUUUUCCCAAAAGAACGUCUUGGAGUUCGAACCAUCCAUCCGUCUCUACGUUGCCCAGUUCAUGAACCAAUGGGACCGUUUAUUCGACGAAGCCCUCAAAAACCAAUCUGGUACAGAGGGAGAAGGCGGUUGGUUUGGCAAUGGAGGCCGUCUGUGGCUUGACUGCCUUCCAUGGUACAACUAUCUCGCAUUCGAUAUCAUCGGCGACUUAGCAUUCGGAUCACCCUUCGGAAUGCUCUUAAACGCCAAAGACUCGGCCCCUGUUGCUAUUUCACAGAAAGAUGUCAUGAACUCCUACGGAUCACAGAAUGAAUGUGCAUACGUCGAUAUUCCCGCAGUCCAGAUUCUUAACGACCGUGGAGAGUUCUCCGCUUCUAUGGGCGCUCUUCCUCCCGCGUGGCGACCCUGGGUUCGUAUGCUUCCCUGGUACCGCAAAGGUGGAAAAGCCGUCAAAAAUUUGGCUGGUCUUGCAGUCGCUGCUGUCGCCAAACGUUUUACAACUCCAACAGACCGCGUCGAUCUCCUGAGUAAGCUGCAAGAGGGUCGCGAUGACGAGGGAAAUCUCAUGGGCAGAGAAGAACUCACCGCAGAAGCCCUCACCCAGCUUAUUGCCGGUUCCGACACUACUUCAAACUCCUCAUGUGCCAUCACAUAUCACCUCGCCGCCAAUCCUCACGUGCAACAUAAGCUCCAGAAGGAGCUCGACGAUGCCCUCGGCAGCGAAGAUGAAUAUGUGUCGACGUACGAACAGGUUAAACGUCUGCCUUAUCUGGAGGCAGUCAUCAAUGAAGCCUUGCGCGUCCAUUCGACAUCUUCCAUGGGUCUUCCCCGUAUAGCUCCUGAAGGCGGUUUGACCAUCCAAGAUAUUCAUUUCCCACAGGGCACCGUUCUGAGCGUCCCAAGUUACACGAUCCAUAGGGACACCAAAGUGUGGGGAGAAGACGCGGAUGUGUUCCGUCCAGAGAGGUGGUUCGAGCGUGAUAACGCCCUUCUGCAAAAAGCCUUCAAUCCGUUCUCCUAUGGUCCCAGAGCAUGCGUGGGACGCAACCUUGCGUCUAUGGAACUAUUAAUCAUCAUCUCCUCUAUCCUGCGGCGCUACGAAUUCGUCUUGGCUGAUCCGGAUAAAGUGUUUGACACGCGGGAAGGUUUCCUGCGAAAGCCGGUGGAGUGCCGUGUGGGAAUAAUGCGCCGGCAGUAA